UGGCGGUAAUGCAACGGUUGAAUGCCAACACAGAACCAGAAGAAGAAGAAGAAGCUCCUGUAGAAGGGUUAGGGUAACCGUAGCUCAGUGUUGACAACUGUUGUGAAGACUUUACUACGGUGUGAUGCGAGCUCCCCUGCGCUGGGUGCUAUGGGAUGUGAAAGACACCGUGCUGAAGGUGCGUGCGUCUGUUGGAGAGCAGUACUGCAAGGAGGCUAAACGAGUGGGCCUGAACCUCAAUCCUGUGGAGGUCGAAGCUGCUUUCCUUCAGGCCUAUCGACAUCAUUCUAACAGAAGCCCAAAUUAUGGCAUCAGUCAGGGCCUGGAUGGACGCUCUUGGUGGAUCAGAGUGGUGCGGGACACUUUCUCCCAGUGCAGGGUGCAGGACCCGGCCCUGCUGAAUACAAUGGCUCACAACCUUUAUUAUAACUUCUGUGAUGCAGAGAAUUGGGAGGUAUUUCCAGAAACGAAGAAGACCCUGGAGAGUUGCUCUUCUCUAGGACUGGAGCUGGGUGUGGUAUCAAACUUUGACAACCGCCUAGAAGAGAUAUUACGUGUUUGUGGCCUGCUGCCUCACUUCAGCUUUUUGAUAACUUCAGAGAAAGCAGGAAUAGCAAAGCCAAGUCCAGCCAUCUUUGAACAGGCACUGCAGAAAUGUGGAGUACCAGCUGCUAGUGUAGCUCAUAUUGGGGACCACUAUGUGAACGACUAUCUGGCCUCUCGCUCUGUGGGCAUCCACGGGUUCUUUUUAGACAGAGACAACAAGCAUAAACAACCUGACCUUCCUGCAGAGCAUCGGCUCAGCUCCCUGGAGGAGCUGCUGCCACAGCUCCAGCAGCACAUUAACUAAUGCCAAAAGGUCACAGGCUCAAGUGCAAAGCUACUCAGCCUAAAUGGGGUUCAGUUAGGGAAGUAAUUUUUGAGAUGUAGCCAUGGUGACCUGAGUCGACUCAACCACUUUAGAGUUCAAAUGGGUAUGUGUUGUAAGUAAAUAAAAACUAUUUAUUAUCUGUAAUUAUCAUGUACUUUUGCUGUAAAUAAAUUGGAAUGAAUUAAUAUAUAAACAAAUUGUCAAGAGUACGUCUUUGAAAUCCUUUUUAUCUGACCACAACAUUAAAGGGUUUUUGAGAAUACUUUUUGAAACCCGGUUAUUAUCAGGGCUUAAAGUAAUACAUUUUCCAGCUCUAAAAAAAAGUUUAUUACCAAAAAAGCCCAUUGAUGAUAUUGAUGAUAUUGAUGAUAUUGAUAACAGGUACAGCAGAACAUUCCUGCCUACUGCUAUAACUCUUUACAAUAAUUCCCCUCUGGCUGGCAGACCACUCACUGCUCCGUAGCCUCUCUUGUGAACUGGACAUAACAUGCACACUUUACACUUUACACUCAACAUUGUACAUUUAUAUUAUAUUUUAUUUGCUAACUAUUUGUUUUGCUUCA